CACUUAGGGAGUGUGUGGGAGGAAAACCAGGUUGCACUAAUUUGAUAUCAAAACGUUGAUCCAGGUGUCACUAAUUUGAUAUCAAAACACUGAUCCAGGUCUCACUAAUUUAAUAUCAAAAGACUGAUCCAGGUCUCGCUAAUUUGAUAUCAAAACACUGAUCAAAGUCUCGUUAAUUUGAUAUCAAAACACUGAUCCAGGUCUCGCUAAUAUGAUAUCAAAACACCUAUCCAGGUUUCGCUAAUAUGAUAUCAAAACACCUAUCCAGGUUUCGCUCAUUUGACAUCAAAACACUGAUCCGGGUCUCGCUAAUUUGAUAUCACAACACUGAUCCAGGUCUUGCUUAUUUGAUAUCAAAUUACUGAUCCAGGUCUUGCUUAUUUGAUAUCAAAACACUGAUCCAAGUCUCGCUAAUUUGAUAUCAAAACACUGAUCCAGGUUUCGCUAAUAUGAUAUCAAAACACCUGUCCUGGUUUCGCUAAUAUGAUAUCAAAACGCCUAUCCAGGUUUCGCUCAUUUGACAUCAAAACACUGAUCCAGGUCUCACUAAUUAAAUAUUAUUUGGUAUCAAAACACUGAUCUAGGUCUCACUAAUUAGAUACAAUUUGGUAUCAAAGCACUGAUCCACCCCCCAUGAUGCUCAGUGCUCCUCCCAGAGGCGCUUCUCUCGUCAACGUAACAAAUGGAAAGUUGUUGCAAGGGGGAGAAAUGUUGCAGGCGCACCUGACUGUUCCAAACCUCGUCCUGCGGGCGUCACGGGGCCCAGAAUGAUGAAAGGACCAAACCCUGCUAAAAAUAACCCUGACAAGAAACAUGGCAGGAUUGUGACAUGGUGGAACAAGUCGCUACAAGUGCGGAGGGGGAAAAAAGCUACAUUGACCUCCUCUUAAGGCGCUUUCACACCUCAGUGGCUUUUUAUCAAAGUGCAGCUCUUUUUUUUAAACCACCUUUUGUGAUACAAACCCCAAAACCAGUGAAGUUGUCAUGUUGUGUAAAUGGUGAAUAGAAACCGUAUACAAUGAUUUUUUAACCCUUUAUAACCUUUAUUCAAUUGAAUAGACUGCAAAGACAAGAUAUUUAAUGUUUCAACUGGAAACUUUUGCUAUUUUUUGCAAAUAUUUGCUCAUUUGGAAUUAGAUGCUUGCAAUAUGUUUCAAAAAAGCUGGCACAAGUGGCAAAAGUUGAGGAAUGCUGAUCAAACACUUAUUUGGAACAUCCCACAGGUGAACGGGCUAAUUGGGAACAGGUGGGAGCCAUGACUGGGUAUAAAAGCAGCUUCCGUGAAUUGCUCAGUCAUUCACAAACAAGGACGGGGCGAGGGUCACCAGUUUGUCAACAAAUGCGUAAGCAAAUUGUUUAAGAACAACAUUUCUCAAGCAGCUAUUGUAAGGAAUUUAGUGAUUUCACUACAGACGGUCCAUAAUAUCAUCAAAAUGUUCAGAGAAUCUGGAGAAAUCACUGUACGUAAGCCAUUAUAUUACGGACCUCGGAUCCCUCAGGCGGUAAUGCAUCAAAAAGCAAAAUCAGUGUGUAAAGGAUAUCACCACAUGUGCUCAGCAACACUUCAGAAAACCACUAUCAGUAACUACAGUUGGUCGCUACAUCUGUAGGUGCAAGUUUGAACUCUACUAUGCAAAGCCACAGCCAUUUAUCAACAACACCCAGAUAUGCCGCAGGCAUCGCUGGGCCCGAGCUCACCUAAGAUGGUCUAAUGCAAAGUGUAAAAGUGUUCUGUGGUCUGACGAGUCUACAAUUCAAAUUGUUUUUGGAAACUGUGGACGUCGUGUCCUCCGGACCAAAAAUGAAAAUAACCAUCAGGAUUGUUCUAGGAGCAAAGUGUAAAAGCCAGCAUCGGUGAUGGUAUGGGGGUGCAUUAGUGCCCAAGGCAUGGGUAACGUGCACAUCUGUGAAGGCACCAUUAAUGCUGAGAGGUACAUACAGGUUAUUAAGCAACAUAUGUCGCCAUCCAAGCAACAUCAUCAUGGACGCCCCUGCUUAUUUCAGCAAGACAAUGCCAUUCCACGUGUUACAACAGCGGGUACUAGACUGGCCUGCCUGUAGUCCAGAUUUGUCUCCCAUUGAAAAUGUGUGGUGCAUUAUGAAGCCUAAAAUACCACAACGGAGACUGUUUAACAACUUAAGCUGUACAUCAAGCAAGAAUUUGAAAGAAUUCCACCUGUAAAGCUUAAAAAAUGUGUCUCCUCAAUUCCCAAACCUUUACUGAGAGUUGUUAAAAAGAAAGGCCAUGUAACAAAGUGGUAACACAACUUUUUUUCAAUGUGUUGCUGCCAUUAAGAAAAAAACAGUUUCUUUGACAUAAAAGUAACACCAUGGCGGCGUGGAAACACAUUUGAUACAGGCGUCAAAUCGGGACAUGACUGCGUGCGGGCUGGAAGCCUUGAUGAGCACCCACGGGUGCCACGGGGUCACACCAGAGCGUUAUGUUUUCCAUCCAGCCUGGAAAGGAAGACGGUUACCAUGGACGCCGUGGAAUUAAUUAGACGCCGGGGCGGCCCCGCCCCUCACUUCCUCACAAACAAGCUGCCGUGCCGCAUCACACCUGACCAGGUCUCCUCACAGGAUGCCGAGCCAGCUGGAGGGCGCCAUGGACGCGCUUAUAGCGGUCUUCUACAACUACUCGGGCCACGACGGGGACAAGUACAAGCUGAACAAGGGCGAGCUCAAGCAGCUGCUGCAUAGCGAGCUCACCGACUUCCUCACGUCCCAGAAGGACCCCUUGCUGGUGGAGAAGAUUAUGAACGAUCUGGACUCCAACAAGGACAACGAGGUGGACUUCAACGAGUUUGUGGUGCUGGUGGCGGCCCUCACCGUGGCCUGCAACGACUUCUUCCAGGAACAGCAGAAGAAAACCAAGUAGACCUGAGCCCUAAACAUGUUUCCCAUUGUUUUUCCCAUUCAACUGUAAGUCAAUUUGAUCGUUGUAAUUAUUGAUAAGUCUUGUAUUGCACAGUCGAUUCAAUAAAUGU